AUUCACGUGAAUAACGUAAUUGAAAGAUUGCUGCAUGGCACCACUUACAAGCCGAUCCAACUUGUUCUUAAAGUGCUCUCACCGCCAUCCAGGGUCAACGCCACUAGCUUAGCUCAGGACCGAUGCCAUCAACUAACUCAAAAUUCCGAAAAUUGCCUAUCACUCCGCUUGGCUCGUGAAUACCUCUUCUCUUGUCUCGCCAGUUUAGUGGGCGGAAUUUCGGUCGGUUGCGAAAGCACUUAUCAACCCGGCUCCUUAGUUACCUUACGGAAGUCCGACGGAAGUCGAAUGAAUCGCCUACUUGAUUAUAUUAUUUUCAUAUCGGAGCGAAUUUCAAUGCUAGCCAUCAAGCAAGCUGAAUUUGCCGAUGAAUUGUCUAGUACUCUUGUCUCAACUGAUAUCGUGAGUGACAGGAGCGAUAAAAAUGCUAUGAUAUUAAUGGCCUUUGAUUUCAUAUCUCAAGCCAACGGUCCGAUGCUAAACAUCAUCAUGAAUGAUAUGGCAGAGCUUUCGCAUCUUCAUCCCUUUGUGCGACGCAUUGUUGAGCACAACCUUUCUUCUGUGCCAAACUUGUGCAAGGCCGAUUCUAGCAACGGAAUGACCCAUUUAUUGGGUUUCUCAUUCGAUUGGUCUUCCGAAUUCGGCCUCCCAAACCCCGAGGCGGCCAUUGGCCUCUGUAGUCAACUCAGCUGGAUUGAGAAGGAUCCUUUUGAUGUUUCUCGGCCUGCCAAAUUAGGCAGUGGCGAAGGUGAAUUUGACUCUUUUGAGUCAGAUAUUUCAUCAGCAGUUGGCAUUAAAGAGCUUUCGUCGCCAUUACCAUUGGCAGCUGCUCAGCUGCAUAGUGGCUCUUGGGCUAGUCAAAAUGGUCGCAAUAGAGCCAUUGAAUCAUUCGUUUUAUCACCACCUGCUUCUCCAUUUCAAUCAAGAAUUGCUUUUAUUAUCGGCACAAAUAGGUCCACCCAGGAUGUUGACAUGCGCGACGGAUCUAAUACAUCCUAUCUUGCUAGCAAAGAGCCUACCCCUCUCAUCGACCAGUCUGUCUCUGGAGCGAACUUGGAU